GUAUCGAUACGAUAUCGGCCAAUGCUAGUCCGCAAAUGCGAAUUGAAAUACUUUACGUGCGGUUUUGUUGAUUAUUUUUGUUCUUGCAUUUAUUACACAAAAUUGAAAUAUCCGAGUUUAAUAGUUACUUCAUACUCGAUCUCUAAAAGUCAAGCUCUUCUGCGGUGUCAAUUUUUCACUACAGUGUUUUAGUCCACAAGUGAAAGCUUUCCUCUCUAGUUCAGGAUUGCGAGGAUUAUGUUUCUCGUUGGACUGACCGGAGGGAUUGCCACGGGCAAAAGUACGGUAUCAAAGGUUUUUCGCGAUAGUGGAAUUCCAGUUAUCGAUGCCGAUGCAAUUGCAAGACUUGUGGUCGAACCUGGAAAACCAGCAUGGUACAAAAUUAAGGCUGCGUUUGGCGAUAGCGUAUUCCAAGCAAAUAGUGGCGAACUGGACAGAGAUGCUUUGGGAAAAAUUAUCUUUGAUAGUGUAGAAAAGCGAAAAAUACUGAAUGAAAUAACUCAUCCUGAAAUACAUCGAGUUAUUUACAAGGAAGUAUUUCGAUAUUUUUUCAUGGGGCAUAAUUUCGUUGUGAUGGAUCUUCCGUUGCUAUUUGAGACUGGCAUUAUGCUAAAUUACAUUCAUAAGAUAAUAACAGUCACCUGCGAAGAGGAUAUUCAACUUACAAGACUGAUGGAUCGAAAUCAUUUGUCGGAAGCAGAUGCAAAGAAGCGAAUCAAACAGCAAAUGCCACUUGAACAAAAAUGUAGUCAAUCGCAUUUUGUAAUUGAAAAUUCAGGUACACUCCAUGAUACAGAAGAACAGACGGUAAAAAUUUUAGCUGUUCUGCAGGAUAGCAACCAGCACUGGAAGAUUCGAGGUGUCAUUUUGGCAACUGCUGCCUUUUUGUUUUCUAGUAUAGCAUUGAUUUUAAAUUAUAAGUAUAAAUUUAUUAGUGCCAACUGAUGUUCAUUAAAAAGUAGGUCCAGCAGAAAUGAUGCAUAUUGGCGGAAGCCCACGGGAUUGAUUAAAUCAAUCUAAAAUUAUGAAAUUUUAUGAGCAUUUGUUCGGGAUAUUUUUUAUUUGUAUGUAUGUAUUGCUUUUUUGUGCAUUGAGCAUGCUAUGCUGAUUUUGAUAGUUAAAAAUUUAAUCUGGAAGUAAAGGCAUUCUAGUCAGUAUAUGCUUAAAAUAAACAUUGUGCAUAGUUACAAGAUCAGAAACUAUUCAUUGUUUAUGUUUUGGAUAACCAGUACUGAGUACCAAAAUCAUGUUUCAAGUGCAUUAAAAUUCUUCAUGAAAGUCACAGCUAGCACUUCGGACUCUUUUCUGCAUUCAUUCCAUUGUGUCAUUAUGUGUUGUCAAUAUUACUAGCCAUUGCAGCUUUUUGGUCGAGUGCAAAUGGUAUUUCAGAGCACGUCAGAUAUAUUAAAUGAACGACCAACUGAAUCAAAGAUUCAUACAUUGGCAUUGGCAUGGAUAAAUUUGAAGCAAUCAAAGCUAUAUCCUUGAUAAGCAGCGAUAUUUUGCUAAAUAUAUAUGAGUUUUCUUUCAAUUAACUUCGACUGAAGUUGCCGAAUGAUAAAAUAAA